UGUGGCGGCAACACUGCAUUUUCGCAGAGCCAAGAUCUUAUGUGAUUCUAACCACAGAUAUCUGUGAUUCUAACCUAUAUGAUUUCAUUUAAACACACUUGCGAAAUUUGGUGAAAAUUCAAAGAUAUGGAGAGUCCGACGCUUAAAAACAUUACAAAUCCGGAUUUUGGAAAACCACCAGAAAAGCAAAAUGAGUUUAUCAAGAAGUUGGGCCUACCACAUGUGACCAGCUUCAACUACAUGGUAGACAAAGGACUAAACGAAGCCAUUCAAAAUUUAGUCCCAGUCGAAUUUUUAGUUAACGAUCGGCAAGUAAAAUUGAUUAUAACGGGAUUUUCUUUAGCCCAACCGCAAGUGCCUUAUGGUACCAUCGGGGUGAGGAACAAUCUAAUAUUUCCCACUGAAUGUCGCCAAAGGAAGUCCACAUACAGUGGCAAGUUUCUUGUCAAUGUUGAAUGGUACGUUGACGGUCAGAUUCAACAGCCUUUCACCAAGGACCUGGGAAACAUUCCUAUCAUGAUCAGAUCUAACCGUUGCAAUUUGGCCGGGCUGAACCCGGAAAAUUUAGUGAAGCACAGCGAACACGAACAGGAGUCUGGAGGCUAUUUUGUGGUCAGUGGCCUGGAGAAACUCAUCCGAAUGCUGUUGAUGACAAGAAGGAAUUAUCCAAUUGCGAUAAAGCGAUCAGGCUGGAAAGCCAGAGGAGCUCUCUUUUCCGACAUGGGUAUUUCAAUUAGAUGCGUCACAUCAGACCAAACUGCAACGACAAACGUUUUACAUUUUGUCACUGACGGUUCCUCAAAACUCAUGUUCAGCUACCAGAAGAUGUUGUACUACGUACCACUGUGUCUUGUACUUAAGUCCUUGUGUGACUACACGGACCAGUAUAUCUAUCAGAAGCUCAUUGAAGGCUGUGAGGAAGAUCUAUAUUAUCUGGAUUCAUGCCAAAAUAUGUUACGGGCGAUUCACCUUGAAAACUUGCACACCCAUGACGAUUGCAAGGCCUUUUUGGGCAAAAUGUUUAGAGUCAAACUAUACGAGUGUCCUCCAUGGUUUUCCGACAUCGAAGUGGCCGAUUUUAUGCUCAAAAAGUGCAUUUUAAUCCACUUGAACACCAAUGAGGACAGGUUUAACAUGCUGAUUUUUAUGACCAAGAAGUUAUUCAGCUUUGCACAGGACAAGUGCAAGGUGGAAGGGGCUGAUUCCGUAAUGAUGCAAGAGGUCCUUCAAGGGGGCCAUUUGUACUUGCAAAUAAUUAAAGAAAAAAUGCAAAAUUGGCUCAACAACAUGCGCCUGGCCGUCAUGCAAUUGGCUCGCGGCAAUAAGUUCAAUUUCAAUCAGGCUGAUAUAUUGCGAGCGGCCAAGUCUUCGGGUGGUAUCGAACACUCAUUGAAAUUGUUCCUUGCUACGGGAAACAUGUUUAGUACUACAGGCUUAGGCCUGAUGCAGGAUAAAGGCCUGUGCAUUGUAGCGGAGAACAUCAAUCGCAUCAGAUACAUGUCUCAUUUCAGGGCUGUGCACCGAGGCGCGUUCUUUCAAGAGAUGCGUACUACGGAAGUGAGACAGCUAUUGCCGGAUGCGUGGGGUUUUAUCUGCCCAGUCCACACUCCUGAUGGCACGCCCUGCGGUCUUUUAAAUCACUUGACCCUGGAUUGUGUCCUAACUGAUGUAGCUGACGGCGAAAAAGUGAAAAACAUUCCAGUAGUUUUGAAGGAAAUUGGCAUGGUUGCGUUGAACUACAUCAACAGGCUGGAUUUGAUUAAUUGUUACGUUGUUCAACUGGAUGGAAGAAUCAUUGGUUACAUUCCUAAAGAAAUGGCAUCGAGGAUUGUAGAUCAACUUCGGCUUUUGAAGAUAGAAGGUAAACAAAUACCUAACACCCUCGAGAUAGUUCUUGUUCCUUUGAAGAAAACCAAGGCGCAAUUUCCGGGCAUUUUCCUGUUCAGCGGACCAGCGAGAAUGAUGAGGCCAGUAACAAAUCUGUUCGCCAAUAAAAUCGAACUGAUCGGCACUUUUGAGCAGGUUUACUUGGAUAUUUGCGUGAGCCCGGAGGAGGCUUAUAAGGGCGUUACAACCCACAUUGAACUAUCGAAGACGAGUUUCCUUUCAAACUUAGCUCAACUCAUCCCCAUGCCCGAUUGUAAUCAGUCCCCUCGAAACAUGUAUCAGUGCCAAAUGGGCAAGCAAACUAUGGGCACCCCUUGCCACAAUUGGGAUUUGCAGUCCGAAACGAAACUAUACAGGCUGCAAACUCCCAGCACGCCGCUAUUCCGGCCGGUUCAUCAUGAUGAGUUAGACUUGGACGAUUUUGCGAUGGGCACCAAUGCCAUCGUUGCUGUUAUCAGCUAUACGGGAUACGAUAUGGAAGAUGCCAUGAUUAUCAACAAAGCAUCAGAGGAGCGAGGUCUUGCCCAUGGUUCGAUUUACAAAUCAGAGUUUGUAGAGCUGGAGCACGAGGGCUCAUAUUUUGCCAGGAAUCCUAAUAGUGCCGCCUUGGCCGAAACACUAGAUACCGAUGGUCUGCCCUACAUCGGACGCAGAAUGGCCGAAGGAGAGCCCUUAUACUGUUACUUCGAUAGCGACAGGUCGGACUACAAGAUAGUAGUUUUCUCCGGCAAAGAGGAAUGCUACUUGCAUAGCGUGAAAAUAUGUGGUGAUUUUUCAGCGAGGGCCAAAAAGACUAUUUGUUUGACGUUUCGAGUGUCACGUAAUCCCAGUGUUGGUGAUAAGUUUGCAAGCAGAGCGGGACAAAAGGGUAUUUGCUCGCAAAAGUGGCCUGCCGAAGAUCUGCCGUUCACGGAAACUGGGUUGGUACCAGAUAUAGUUUUCAAUCCCCACGGCUUUCCCUCCCGAAUGACGAUUGCCAUGAUGAUUGAGCUGAUGGCUGGAAAAUCAGCGGCUAUUCACGGCCUGGUGCAUGAUGCCACUCCUUUUAAAUUUUCAGAAGAUGACACCGCUGUAGAUUAUUUCGGUAGGCUCCUCGAGCUAGGAGGCUACGACUAUUAUGGGACGGAAACAAUGUACUCUGGUAUAGACGGAAGAGAGAUGACAGCGCAAAUAUUCUUUGGAGUCGUCCAUUAUCAACGUUUACGACACAUGGUGUCGGAUAAAUGGCAGGUAAGAUCGACAGGACCCAUGGAUAUAGUGACUCGGCAGCCCAUUAAAGGACGUAAAAAGGGCGGUGGCGUACGCUUUGGUGAAAUGGAGAGAGACGCCUUGAUCAGCCACGGUGCCACGUUCCUCUUGCAAGACAGAUUAUUGAACUGUUCGGACAAAUGCCUUGCUAACAUAUGCACGACUUGCGGCUCGCUGCUGGCUCCCAUCAGUUUAGUAACAAGGAAAGCGGACAAGCCCCAUCUGACCGAAACAAAGGAUAUAUGCAAAAUGUGCGGAGACAAGAUGAAUGUUUUGCGAAUUCAAAUACCGUAUAUUUUCAAGUUUUUUGUUACACAGCUCGCUUCAUGCAACAUACACGUGAAAAUUGGCUGCCAACCGAUUUGAAUCGUUAAAGUUAAGUAAAAAUUGCAUAAAUGUUUCGAGGGACAAGAAACAAUUGGAAUAAAUAACUGAUUUUAUUCGUACAGUUAA